CUGCUUACUGUACUGUACCACGGAAACGGGAAUUCCAUUAGGGAACUAUUAUAGUGCACUAUGUUUUUAUUUCACAACAGCCAUCUUUGUGUAUGAAUGGUGCUGAGAAUGAUGAUCAAGUUGUCCCUUGUAUUCAUUGUUUUCUUUAACCGAGUCAACAGUCAAGUCGCUGUCACUUUUCAAUCAACUGACGCUGUAGCUGGUGAUGAUGCCAGAUUGGAAUGUGCAUUUAAUUUAGAAACUAGGACCUACAGAGCUUCUUUUCUGAUACAAAGUGAUGUAGAUGGAAAUCAACGUGAUACACUUGUGGGUUCAAGCUCAACAUCUGCUCCUGGGAGUAAAUACAGAGUUGAGGAGGACUUGACUAAUAAUCGAGUCUUUUUUGUGAUAACAAAUACAACAAGAAGUGAUGAAGGAUAUUACCUCUGUGUCAUUCAAAAUAGUGGAUUGGAUGUUACUUCAAAUGAUCUUGCCAAACUAACAGUCCAGUUUAUCGACACAGUUACGAUUGACGUUAUUCCCAAUCCUGUCACUGAAGGUAAUAAUGUAACAUUUAAUUGUUCUGUAAAUGCGAAUCCAAUUCCAACAAUCACUCUCUUGAAAGAUGAUACUGAAGUAAAAAGCGAAACAUCAUCAAAUCUAACUUACAAAUUGUAUAGUGUGGAUAAGAGAAAUGGAGGGAACUACAAAUGUAAAGCAAGUAACAUCGCUGGAACUAAUACAUCACCAAUUAAAGUGUUGGAUGUUCAGUAUUCACCGGAAAUUACUUUACCUGAUAACAUGACUGUUGCUCCUGGUGGGAAUGCUUUUAUUGAACCAAAUGUUUUAGCUAAUCCUGAUGACAUCACCUACAAAUGGAUCACUGAUCAUCCUGGAAUUGAUGAUGUCGAUUCAAACCCAGCAACUUUGACAUUCAAGGUACCAGACGUUGUCUAUACCAUAACGGUGACUGCUACUAAUAGCAUUGGAUCAACAACAGAGUCAGUAAUGGUCAUUGUUGCAG